AUGACCUCUGGUGGGAAACAGGCUGAUGGGAAGGAGCAGUGGGGAGCACGGUCACAGGGAGGACCCAGCCCCUGCUUGGCAGGCACGCAGGCCGGGGAGGAGGCGCUUCCUGUGGAGAAGGGGCAGGGCGCCCGUGUGACUGCUGGGGACAUGGGCGUCCUGGUGGGCCCUCGGCGGAAUGGGGACGAGGGGGCCAGCCCUCGGGAGAGCAGGGGCGGCUUCCAGAGGUCGCUGGACCAGAUCUUCGAGACGCUGGACAGCAAGGCCCCCCGCGCGGCGGAAGGGCUGUUUGCGGACAUGGACGGGCCCUACUACGACCUGGACGCCGUGCUGACGGGCAUGGUGGGCGCCAAGUCAGUCCCUGGCGACGGGUUCGAGACCUUGGCCUCCGCGGGCGCCCCGCCCCCUGGCGUCAGUUACAAGCGGGACCUGGGCGAGCUGGACCACGUGGUGGAGAUCCUGGUGGAGACCUGAGCCUGU